CACAUCUCUUGAAAUGCCUCCGAACGAUCUCUUGAUCACCGAUCGAAAUAAAAUACGAAAGGUUUGGGAAAAAACCGAAAAUGACGUUAUUAAAGAUAUUCAAAUUAUAAAAGAAUGGCUAAAAACACAAAAACAUCUACCAGAGAUUCCAACGGACAAUAUGAUUGAAUUUUUUCUCGUAAACUGCAAAUUUAGUAUCGAGAAAACAAAGCAGACCCUAGAUAUGUAUUACACUGUCCCUAAUCUUGUACCUGAUUUGUAUAAAAAUAUUAAUCCUUGUACUUCAGACGUGGAUGUUGCGUAUGAAACUGCAAAUUUUGUGUGCGUACCUGUCCUUACUCCGUCCUUACAUAGGUUGACUAUAGUGCAAUAUAAAGAUUUCGAAAAUGGAGAUGUAAAGAAAAUGUCAGCUCAUGGCUUAAAAAAUCUUUACGAGAUACGAAUUCAUGAAGACCUGUCAAUGGGUGAAAUAUAUCUUGUCGAUUGUACACAUGUUAAAUUCAGUGUGGUAGCUAAAAUAACUCCUCUGUUCUUAAAGCAAGUAGCUUUUGUUUUAGAGAGGGUGCACAGUUUGAGGACACACUCAAUACAUUUUAUUUAUGCCCCGUCAUAUUAUCAUCACACCAUAAAUCUAUUUAAAUCGUUAUUAAAGAAAAAGUUAUCAGAUAGGGUAUACAGUCACAAAUCACUUGAUGAAUUGAUCGAACAUCUUCCAUUGGACGUAUUACCGAGUGACUUCGGAGGCAAGCAAAAAUCCUGCGAUGAACUGGCAGAAUUAUGGAAAAAUAAAAUGUUUGAGUAUAAAGACCGAUUUGACAAAUUGGAGACAAUGCAAGUAAAUGAAGCACUUCGUCCUGAAAAACUACAAAAUGAUGAACUUCUAGGCUAUUAUGGUAAUUUUAAGAAAAUAGACACGGAUUAAAUCGUUCAUGAACAAUUUGUAGCGGUG